CCCUCCCUCCCUCCAUCCCUCCCCCCCUCUAUAAAUAUACAAAUAAAUCCCAUCAAAUCGCCGAACUUGUCAGGAAAACCCAACUUUCAUUUCACUUUCAAUUUGAUAUCAAAUUUCUCCAAAACCCUCAGCUCUAUGGCUCUGGCUAUGGUCGACUACGAGUUCCAAGAAUCGGAGGUCAUCUUCUCCGACAAUCACGAAUUCGAAAGCUGCUUGGAUUUCCGGCAUCGUCUUCACCACCACAGCAAGUCCAAUUUCACCAAGAAGAAGAAGGCAAUGGGGAAUAAUAUUAGUAAUGAUAAUAGCAAGUCGGUGCCGGUGAAAAUCCCAAACAACGCUUUCGACCGGUUCGGCAGCGCCGACGACGAAAGCGACGGCGAUAAUUACAGGGAGGAGGAAUGGGACGAGGGAGAAAUGGUGCCGCCGCAUGUGAUAGUACGGCGUCGUAUUGCGGGGAAGAUGGCGUUCUCGGUGUGCACGGGGAACGGGCGGACGCUUAAAGGAAGGGAUUUGAGUCAAGUCCGGAAUUCGAUUCUCAGAAUGACCGGCUUCUUGGAAGCUUAAUAAAUAAAUUAAUUAAAUUGUAAUUUCGAAUUAGAAAUAUUCGUUUCUUUAAUUAUUUUCAUUAGAUGAGAAAAAUAGGGGGGGAAAGCAAAUUACAAAGGUUCUUCCGUGUCAAAUGUCAAUUACUGUGAAUUUGUUGGGUUCUCUUUUAAAUCUAAAAGAUCAUUGUUCUUUCUGAAAAACAAUUGAAAA